GGAGGGGUGACCGGGAGCUGUCUACUGUACGCUACAGUAAUGAGAUUAUUCAACUCCUAAAGCUUCGUGUAAAUAGUAGUCGUUGCGUUAUUUCUCGCACACCGCACGCGCCCGCGUGCUCGCCCGUUCAGCUCGACCCCCGCCAAGAAAAGCGCCCCUUUUAAUGACAUUCUUUUUUUGGAAAGAAACUGCUCAUUGGAACCUCCGUCACUCUUUGCGCACAUGACUUUUCUGAUGGAAGAGAGAACGACGGAGGUUACAUUUGUUGCUGUUUGCUACUUUAGGGGCUCAAAAACUUUUAAUCCCCGUGGCUGAGAGAAACACACCCCGCCGAACCAUGGAGAACCAGACCGAAUCGCAGAGCAGCACCGAGGACGUCCGUAAGAGCGGCUAUCUGCGCAAGCAGAAAUCAAUGCACCGGCGGUACUUCGUGUUACGGACGGCCUCGGAGCGUGGCCCGGCUCGACUCGAAUACUACGAAAGUGAGAAGAAAUUUCGAGGUAAAACGCCCGUGCCCAAAAAGGCAUUGGUGCUGGAGACGUGCUUCAACAUCAACAAACGAGCCGACUCCAAGAAUAAACACAUGAUCGUGCUUUACACGCGGGCUGAGAGCUUCGUCGUGGCGGCGGAGAAUGAGACGGACCAGGAGGAAUGGUACCAAGCCAUGGUGGAACUUCAAUGCAAGAGUAAAGCACUAUGUGACAGUGUGAAUGGGGGAGACUAUGGAGUACCAACUCCUGGUCCUGCCUUUAAGGAGGUCUGGCAGGUGAAGGUUUGGCCGAAAGGUCUGGGUCAAGCCAAGAACUUGGUUGGCAUCUACCGGCUAUGCCUAACUGAAAAGACAGUCAACUUUGUUAAGCUAAACUCUGAUGCAGCUGCUGUUGUGCUCCAGCUAAUGAAUGUGAGACGUUGUGGUCACUCUGAAAACUUCUUCUUUGUGGAGGUGGGCCGCUCUGCAGUAACUGGCCCUGGAGAGUUUUGGAUGCAAGUGGAAGAUUCUGUGGUGGCACAGAAUAUGCAUGAGACUUUGCUGGAAGCCAUGAAGGCCUUGAGUGAGGAAUUCCGCCAGCGCAGCAAGUCACAGUCAACUGCUGCAGGAGGCGGUGCCACUGCGUCAAAUCCUAUUAGUGUUCCAUCCCGACGCCAUCACCCCAACCCUCCACCCAGCCAGUUUGGAUUCACAAGACGUCCACGAACUGAGCCACCUGGUAGUACAGGAGGAGGUGGAAAUAGCAAUAGCACCUCUCCAAAUUCUCGGCACAGCUUUCCCCGAACUCGAGCAUCCAGUGAUGGUGGAAAAGUUGAAGACGGAGGUGAUGCAGCAACAGGAGGGACUACAUCCUGCUCAAGUCCCACCACCAAUGGGUCAUGUUCAAAUACCCCUAUAUUGAGAUCAACAUCUGUUUGCGCUCCAACCCCAGUCAAGGCACAGCAUGCUUUAAUGAGAUCCACCUCAACUCCAGCUUCUUCAGCUGCACCAAUCCUGACUUCCAGCUCGGAAUCUGAUUUUUGUGGGAUUGGAAAUAGUAGUGGGUGUGGAAAUGGUAGUGUGUACAGUCAAAUACCCCUCGGACAGCCCUCUGUCUCUGGCUCAUUCAGUGACUAUGGAUCCUCAGAUGAAUAUGGCUCUAGCCCUGGUGAGCACUCUCUGCUUAUCCCAACAGUGCAGACAGGGUCUGCAGUUAGCUCAGGUGGGCAUUCCCUUGGGGAAGACGUGUCCAACUACAUUCUUAUGGCUCAAAGAGGGGCAUCCAAACCCCAGUCAACACAACAUACAUUACCACAGACUAGGAGGGUUCUGAGACGAUCUUCUAGCAGACAGUGUGAAGCGGAGCACAGGCUAAUGAGCAAACGGGCCUCCCUCCCACCUAUGGCUUUAGAGAGAUUUGCACCACUUCAUCGAGCUGGAGAGGGACCAGUUGAAAAGGAUAAUUAUGCAAUUAUGACUUGCACCACCAGCCGAGAACCUUUUGGUUCAAGGCAGGAUUCUGGAACAACAGCAAGUGGAACAGGGUACCUAGAAGUAUCUGCUGAGCUCAAAGGUGAUGCUGGUAGCAGUGGAACAGUUGGCCCUGCUGUCAUUGGAGGAAGUAAUGGCACUGUGGAUAAUGGAUAUAUGUCCAUGUUGCCAGGAGUGAUAGCUCUCCCAGUAUCCCUUUCUCACUCCCUCUCAGUAGCAGUUUCAGAUCCAGACUCAAAGCCUGCGGAUGACUAUAUGGCAAUGACCCCCAAUAACAGUAUUUCACCCCCCCAGCAGAUCUGUCCACCACCAUCUGGCAUAGAUGGUUACAUGAUGAUGUCUCCCAAUAGUAGCUGUUCACCAGACCAACGAGGGGUGCCUACCCCCUGGGUUGGCAGUAGCAGCGCUGACAGCCGUACUGGCAGUGACUAUAUGAAUAUGUCACCUAUUAGUGCCCGUUCUGCCAAUAGUACCCCACCACCACAGGAGCCCCUCACAUCAUCUGACGCUUAUCCUCAGCAGCCUCAACCCAAGAUGGUAUAUUCUUACUAUUCUCUACCACGCUCCUACAAACAUAGUACUUCAACACAUUUUGAGGAAUUGCCAGGAAGAGGAAAGCAUCUUGUUAAUGGUGGUAGAGGUCUGGGUGGAGGUAGGGGGUUUAGUAUUAGCAAGUCCAAGCAUCAAGAAUCCCCUAUUGGCCAACAUCUUUCCCUUUCCUCCAUCUCAUACUCUUCUAGCUCAGCCAGCAAUGAAAACCUGGGUGAAAGCGAAGAAAAAGCUAUCAAAGUAACAGGAGGAGCAGCAGAAGCUAUUGCGAAGGAUAUUGAACAACUGCCCUUGCAACAAAGACAAGGGUCUAGGGGGGUAAAGCAAGGUCACCCUGGCAAAAGGAACCGACCUCUUAGCCUGUUUGUUGAUAUCUCAAAAGCCAACACUCUACCGAGGGUCCGUGAGACACCCCUUGCUCCUGAACCUAAAAGUCCUGGGGAGUAUGUAAGCAUUGAAUUUAAGGGUGAGAGGAACAUUAAGGUAGGAGACAAUGGUAUCAGAGGAUUUCGGCAAGAUGCUUCCCUUCCAUCCAAUGCCCACCUUCCCUCACCCAGGCCAACCUCUUGUGUUGAUGGGUUCUUAACACUCUCCCAUAGCUCCUCUACUCUGAUCCCCCCAUCAGCUGCAUCUGAGUAUGUUAACAUGGAGCUGGGAGCCUCACCUUCCCCCUCUCCCAUUUCACUAACAGCACUGGGGUUUCCCCCAUUCCCCACCCCUCCUCUUACACCUGCUGCAGCCCUUAAAGCUUGUGAUGAUCAUAGGUCAACACCCCUAAAUGAGGACAAGGCAGAGGUUGAGAAAGGACAUAAAAAAAACAGGCCGGUGUCAGUACAACUCUCUGAAAACUCACCCACAUCAUGUGGUGACUACACAAAGAUGGCUUUUAUCCUGGGCUCAGACAACACUUCAAGUUCUACAUCACCCAAAGCCUCCAUGAAAGAUCAGCCAGAGUCAGUAAUCCCAGCUCUAGCUUUGGGACUGGGGUUAGACUUUCCUCUCACCAAGGUCCUAAAUCCAGACCUUGGAGCUAGGGUAAUCCGAGCAGAUCCUCAAGGUCGUCGACGCCAUUGCUCUGAAACGUUUCAAGCCCCUUCCUCUCUGCCACCUUGCCCGUCAACAUUAUCUUCCUCUGCAUUCCCUGAACACACCCAAACUAUUGCCCGUCGAAUUGGUUUUGAUGGUAUGCUAUGGGGGAACAGUGGCUCAGCUGACAUCUCAUCUCAGUACAUCAACCCUGGGGUACCCAACUUAUCUACUUCACAGACAUCCUCCAUCGAGCAGGGCCUUAAUUACAUAGACUUGGACCUGGCUAACAAGGAGAGUCCCCAUGCUGUCACAGAAGGGCAAGCAGCAGUCCACACACCUGCUGGCCGCCUCUUUUCUUCUGUGCUAGGUGGAGGAGCUGCAGGGGGUUCUGUAGGAACUGGAGGUUCAGUCAGUAGUACUUCAAGUCUGAACACGUAUGCUAGCAUUGACUUCUACAAGUCAGAAGAGCUAAGGACACACCAAGGCAGCAGCAGCAGUAAAGAUAGUACAGGUAAGAUAAUAUUUAAUCUCAAAUGGUAUUAG